AAGACGACAAAGAUGCCACCAAAAGCAGAUGAGAGUCUCGUCAGACUCUUCACUUCACUCGGUCUGAAUGAAGCAAAAGGUGUUGAAUACGCAAAGUCUAAGCAUUCAAAGAUAUUAAACGAAUCAAUUCAAGAAAUUGGACUAGAGAAUGCAAAGUUAGAUGAGAAGAUGGCUACUUUGAUAGCAUCCACUAUCACAGUAGACAAGCAAUUCAACGGUCUUCCUUUGCCAUAUAAAGCCUACAUUAUAGAGAAAAUAAAGAACGGCGACUUGAAGGAAUCAAACCAAGUUACAGCCGCUGUCAAAUACCUCUCAGACAAACAAGGUGAUAUCAACCAAGACGAAUUCAACGAGAACGCAGGCGUUGGCAUCGUCGUACCUGUCGCACUCAUUAGAGAAAUCGCUCAACAAUCACUUGAUCCAAAAGCAAAGGAUUUACCUAACCCAUGGUCUUCUCACGGUUUACUCAUCAAGUCACUCAAGGAGAAGCCAGAGUUAAAGUGGUCAAACCCACUCGAAUUGAAGAACCAAGUUGACGCCUUAUACACUGAAAACUUCGGCACUAGGGAUGAAUGUAACAAACGCCUCAAAGAGGCAGCAAAGAAUGCUCCAAAGCCUUCGAAGGAAUCCACCAAGAAGCCUUCACAACCUGCAGUUGAGACCAACAUUUUCGAACAAGGUUUCUUAGGUGCACUUCACAAGCCAGGUGGAAACCCUCAAAUCAAGCCAGAGCUACGCGACCAACAUCUUAAAGCUACGGAUGGUAAAGUUAUCACAAGAUUCCCACCAGAACCAAAUGGGUUCUUACAUAUUGGACACUCAAAGGCUAUCACAGUCAACUUUGGUUAUGCUGCUAACUUCCAAGGUCACACUUACCUCCGUUAUGACGACACUAACCCAGAAGCUGAAGAACAAGUUUACUUCGAGUCAAUCUUGGAAAGUGUAAGGUGGCUCGGAUUUGAGCCAUGGAAGAUCACCUAUUCGAGUGAUUAUUUCCAACAACUUUAUGAACUUGCCAUUGAGCUCAUUAAGCGUGGUAAAGCAUAUGUUGACCACUCAACUGGUGAGGAAAUGCAAAUUCAAAGAGGUGGUGAAAACAGAGGACCUAGAGUUCCUUCACCAUGGAGAGAGAGACCAGUUGAAGAGUCUUUGCAAGAAUUUGAGAACAUGAGAUUAGGUAACUACCAACCUGGUCAAGCAACACUCAGAAUGAAGCAAAAUAUCGAAGAUGGUAAUCCUCAAAUGUGGGAUUUGGUAGCAUACAGAGUGUUGAAGGCAGCUCACCAUCGUACCGGUGACAAAUGGAAGAUCUAUCCAACUUACGAUUUCACACACUGUUUAGUUGAUAGCUUUGAAAACAUAAGUCACUCAUUGUGUACUACUGAGUUCGUACUUUCUCGAGUAUCCUACGAAUGGUUAUGUGAUGCUCUUGAGGUAUACAAGCCAAGACAAUCAGAGUAUGGAAGAUUAAACAUGCAAGGUACAGUCAUGUCAAAAAGAAAGAUCAUGAAAUUAGUCAAAGAGAACCACGUUAGAGGUUGGGAUGACCCACGUCUUUAUACACUCAUUGCAUUGAGAAGAAGGGGUGUACCACCAUCUGCAAUCUUAUCUUUCGUAAAGUCAUUAGGUGUGUCUACAGCAGUGUCAUCCAUCUUAACUAGCAAAUUCGAUCAAUCUGUUAGAGAUGAUCUUGAAUCAAAAGCACCAAGAUUGAUGGCCGUCAUUGAUCCAAUCAAGUUGGUUAUUACAAACGUACCAGAUGACUAUAUGGUUCAAGUUAAGAAACCUUUCCAUCCAAAAAUACCAGAAUUUGGCGAAGCAACAAUUCCAUUCUCAAAGGUCGUAUACAUUGAAAGAUCAGAUUUCCGUACAGUCGAUGAUCCAAACUUCUUUAGAAUGGCACCUGGAAAGUUAGUCGGUUUAUUGAACGCACCACAUCCAGUCAAGUGCACUUCAUUCAAGGAAGAAAAUGGCAAGGUUGUUGAAAUUACAGCUGAAUUGGUCAUACCAAACGAAGGUGAAAAACCAACGAAACCAAAAGCAUUCAUUCAAUGGGUUGCUGAACAUAAAGAAUCUAACUCACCAGUUAAAGUUAACGAAUUGAGAAUAUUCAAUCAAUUAUUCAAAUCUGAUAACCCAUCAGCUGCUCCAGACCUCAUUGCUGAUCUCAACCCAGAUUCAGAGGAGAUUAUUAAAUCCGCAUUUGUUGAUGUCAGUUUAUACACACUUGCAAAGAAUGAAUUCCAAAAUGCACGUAAAUCCGCAUACGAGAGGACAUCCAAAGCUAAAGAACAAACUGCUGAAAUCAUUGAGUCAGAAGAAGAAAAGCGUUCACCAACACCAAAACUUACUGCUGAGCAAUUAAUUGGUAAUGAAUGUGUUAGAUUCCAAGCACUUAGAGCAGGAUUCUUCGCACUUGAUAAAGACACAAUUCUCAACGCUACUAAAGAAGGUGCAUCAGCAGAACCACAUCAAGAUGAUAAGAUCGUUCUCAACAGAAUUGUCUCAAUCAAAGCUGCUGCAUCAUAAGCAUUAAUAUUAAUCAUUUAAAAUAUACAUACAUUUUUCUUUAUUUA